UGUGUGUUUGUGUGUGUGUGUGAGUGUGAGUGAGAGUGUGCGCGCAUGAAUGUGUGGGUGUGUGCUGCACCAGACAUCAGCAGCAGGUUGAGAGCCGACACACAGAGGAAGCAAGAGAGAGAAGAAAAGAAUAAGGGGGGAGAAAGAAAAAGAGAAAGAGGCACUCCUUCAUUCAGUCCUCUGAGAGAACUUCAAGACAGCCUCCUGCAGCUCUGACCGCACAGUUAAAAUGCUGCCUGGUACCAGGCCCCUGCUGCUGUGUGUGCUGUGUCAUGUGACCACCGCAUGGGCAUUCGCCCGCAUGUCUGACGCCCUGGAGCUGCGGUCUGCGUUCUCUGUGGCGCGAACCAGCAGCAUGGAGGGAGGGCCCAAGAUGGUCGUCACCUUCGACAAGGUGUAUGUCAACAUCGGUGGCGAUUUCGAUCCAAAGGCUGGCUUAUUCCGCUGCAGGAUUCCCGGUGCGUACUAUUUCUCCUUCACGGUGGGGAAGUUCCCGCGGCGAGACCUGUCGGUCAUGCUAAUGAAGAACCGCAAUGAGGUUCAGGCGAUUGUCUACGACGAGAACGCCGGAGAAGAGCGGAAAGUGCAGAGCCAGAGUGCGAUGCUACAGCUUGAUUUCGGAGACACUGUCUGGCUUCGUCUUCACGGAGACCCUCGCUACGCUAUCUACAGCAACACGGGUCAUUACACCACCUUUAACGGUUACCUGAUCUACCCUGAUGUGUACGGCUACCAAGAGCCCACACACAAAGUUCAUGAAAGCGACCAUCAACCACCGAAAACUAGCGAUCACUCACUGACUGAGCAUGAAAAUACAAUUACCAAAGACACUAGUGUGAGUCUGAAAGAAGAGAGAUGGGAUGAAGAGAUAAAAGAGGAGGACGGAAGAGAUGGAGAGGAGGAAGAUGACGACCAGCGGUCAGCAUUCUCUGUGGGCCGCACUCAGAGUAUUGUGGGAGUGGAUCAAGGAUACCCUGAGCACCAGCCCAUCAUUUUUGACACAGAGUUUGUCAACAUCGGCAACGACUUCAACUUGAGCUCUGGUAUAUUCAAAUGCAGAGUGGCAGGAGCCUAUUACUUCUCCUUUAAUGCUGGCAAGCUGCCCCAUAAGACCCUUUCAGUGAAGCUGAUGAAGAACCAUUUGGAAGUGCAGACCAUGAUCUACGAUGACAGCGACACUGAGAAGGCCCUGCAGAGCCAGAGUCUGAUGUUGUCACUGCAGGCUGGAGAUACUGUCUGGCUCUACAGCCACCAGAGGGAUGGAUUUGGUGCUUACAGUAAUCACGCCAAAUAUAUCACUUUCACUGGCUUCCUGGUGUAUCCCGAGCUCCACCGAAGCCUUCCUCAGCAGCAGAAACCGGAUAAGACACUGUAGGCCAGCCAAGGAGCCAGUCAGUCUGGGUCUUUAGGAAGGUAAGAGUUUGGAGCAACGCUUGUGUGGAAAAAAAUGUGAGUUCCCUUCACGCAGUCUUCUACACUCUAGGAACUCUGUGUCACUCAUCACUCUUGUGGUUUGCUUCUUCAGAUUCCAUAUUAGAAAACUCCUUAGCUGUUGUUUUUACCCUGUUUGAUCUAGUCUUAGGAAGAAAUUACUAAGUCAAGCCAGCAGCACCUGUAACAUUUGGUUAAACUCAGCAUCCCAAGUCACCAUGAAACGGAAAUUGCAAUUAUCCUUUCCUCCCUAUAGUGACAACUUCUUGAAUAAGAAAAAAUAUGAGUGACAGAUUGCUGGGUUAUUGCCCAGCCGGAGCGUACAGAGAGAUGUUAUAGGGAGGGGACAUUCAUAUUUAUUUUAAACAAUUACUAAAGCACUUAACAUUUUUAAGCAUUAUGUGCAUGGAUGAAUCAUUUACAACAAAUACUUCAGCAUUCCAUAAAAAAUAAGAAUUGUCCAUUUUGAUUUCAUGGUGACUUUAAGGCCGAAUCCCAUUUCUAUUUUAUAUCCCUACCCCACUGUCUACCCCUUUCCCUUGUCCAUUGAAACAGAGUGUUAAGGGAAAGGAGUGAAAAGAUUCCCUUAAGAAUUGGGACACCACUACUAUAUUGUCACACGUCAUCUUAAAUAGUCUAGCUUCUACAAUACACACACCUGCUGGUGUACAUUAGAGCCUUACCGUUCUAUAUUAAUAUUGCUUUAAUAAUGCACUGCUUACUGAUACACACAUCGGAGAUUGCGCAGCUCCCACAUUCAGGUACAAAGAAACUCGUCAAUGCUGCCAAACUUUAUUAAUAACAGUUUAAAACUAAAUUAUUACAUUAUAUUUUAUAGCAACAAGGGGAUAAAAUAUUUUUAAAGUAAACUGUUUUUGCAGUAAAGUCACUCAUUGUAAAGAGAAACGCUCUCUCUCACGUAUUGGCAGUAUUUGAGAAUAGGGUUUAAUGGGUUUUAAAGGUUAAAUUUGUUUGCUAACCAUAAUUUGAACACCUGAUUGAAUAUAACUUAAUAAAACGCAUUUGUGUUAAAGUGAGCAGUGCUUACAUUUAUAUGUCUUUUUGUUCAUUCAGGCAGCCAUGUGGUCGCUGUAGCCAGGUUAUGCUGAGAAAAUUCAUACCCUUUCAUUUGAAGUGAGGUCCUGAAAAGUCUUCAUUUGAAGGGCUAUUUGGCCCUUCCCCUUACCUCUUCCCCUUUAAACAAAAGAGAAUCGAGACACCCCUGAAUGUGCCAAAUGGCGGGGUAGGGGAAAGGGAUGGGCUAAGGGUUAGAAAUGGGAAUGGGCCUAAGCCCUUGGAUGCUGAGUCCUCACAUUGGUAUAAUGAGAAAAUAUAUACAGGUCACUUUUAAAUAUAAAUGUAAAAUAUUAAAUAAAUUAUUUUUAAAAAAUGUGAUUAAAAAGGGUAAUAAAAGUCAAUAUCAAAAAAAAUACACAGCUUGACUGAGCAAUGUGAUGUUCUUAGCACUAAAGCACCUAUCUCCACAGAGGCAGUUCAUUAAACAGCUCCAACUCAAAACUGUGUUCCGAUACAAUAAUUAAGUGCAUGCAUGUUUCAAAUAAGAAAUUUUGUUGUCUUUGAAGCUUUUGCAUGAAAGAUUUGCACGAGAGAUCUAUUAUUUCCAGUGUUAAAUCUGUUUUAAGGCACAAAAAACAGCGAGGAUUUAUGUAGUCAUUCAUGUAGUCAAAUUCAUGUAGUCAGUCAAUUAUCAGUCUGGUUUUGGAACAGCACUACACAUUUACAAUGAAGACCGCUUCUGUAAAUUUAUUGUUUGGCCAGAAACUUGCUAGAUGUAGCGCAAGCUGACAGCUUCCAAAGGAACAACGAUUUCAUUCACUGCCAAACACAUACUGUACACUAACUGAUGCUAAUGAUUUUGGAAAAAUGGUUCAACAAAUAUUAAUGUUUAUAUUUUGGGAAGAAAAUCUAUCAAAAAUAUUGAUCCGUUUAUAUAAUUCAUCUGGUUUAUGCUGUGUAUACAGGCAUAAAGAUUUAUUUAGUUGAUGAAGCAUUAUGUAAUAUGAAGUGCACAAUUCCAAAAUGUAAAUACUUCUGUGUUUUUUAUCCAUUUCUAUAUAAGUAAACGUUUGCAUUUAUAAUUCUGUGCCUGGUCUUAUGUACUUUUCUGUAUGGGUUUAAUUCGAUAAAUAAACUUUGUGAACGAGUGCUGGAUAAGCUUUUCAAUGUUUGUGCAGUAUGAGCUACUUUGUUAAGUACCGUACAAGUGGUUUCAGUGUACGCUGGGUUCUUAUUGUGGAAGAAGCCAGUCCUCAGAAGCAAGCCAAAUAAAAACUCUGAAUGUAAA